AUGGAUUCAAGUUCUAUUGAAAAUAAUCAAAAUAAUUCAAAUAAAAUUCAAAAAAAAGAGGAGGGUCACAAAAAAGAAGUUGGGUAUGAGAUUGAGGUUAUUACAAGUAAAAUAUGUGGUAAAAAAUAUCAACAUGGAAGUUCAACAGGCAUCUUAAUAGACCAUUUAAGUA